ACGACGCACGGGGGACGAGUGGCCGAUAGAAAGUUGGUGCUGGCGGCGGUGGAAGUUGGCGGCGCCAUUCUGUGUUGUGGUGGGAUUGUGAAGCGAUCACUCGGAUGUGACAGUCCAAGCGGCUACCUGACUGACCGAGCCUAACAAGAGAGCGAGAGGGAUCGCAGCCUGCUGGCUCAGCGGGAUUUGGGGCUCUGUGUUUACCCUGAGGUUUAAAGAGAUCGAGAGAAAGCCCCGGGCGAGGACAAUAAGCCGAGAUGCAGGCGCUUGGCAGCGAGAAGAAGUGCAGUGGUAGUUCAGAGCGAAGGAAGGAGAAGUCUCGUGAUGCUGCAAGAUGUCGAAGGACCAAAGAGUCAGAGGUCUUCUAUGAGCUGGCUCAUGAGCUGCCUCUUCCUCACAGUGUCACAUCUCAUCUGGAUAAAGCCUCUAUCAUGAGGCUGACUAUCAGCUACCUACGAAUGAGGAAACUACUUGAUGCUGGAAUUUACCUGACUUGUGCAGGGGAUGCUGAGGUGGAAGCUGACCUGGAGAAACAACUCAACAGCUUUUACUUGAAGGCCUUGGAAGGAUUUGUCAUGGUGUUAACACAGGAUGGAGACAUGAUCUAUAUGUCUGAGAAUGUCAACAAGUGCAUGGGACUCACUCAGUUUGAGCUGAUUGGUCACAGUGUUUUUGAUUUCACCCACCCUUGUGAUCACGAAGAGAUGCGGGAAAUGCUCUCACACAGACAAGGACUUCUGAAGAAGGGGAAGGAUCAAAACACUGAACGCAACUUCUUUUUACGAAUGAAGUGUACUUUAACGAGUCGAGGUCGCACUGUCAAUAUUAAGUCUGCAACAUGGAAGGUCCUUCAUUGCACAGGACACAUUCGAGUGUACAAAUCCAGUAAUGAGCAGACCCAUUGUGGUUACAAGGAGCCACCCAUGACCUGUCUGGUUUUGAUCUGUGAACCCAUUCCACACCCAUCCAACAUUGAGGUACCUCUGGAUAGCAAGACAUUUCUGAGUCGUCAUAGCCUGGAUAUGAAGUUCUCCUAUUGUGAUGAGAGAAUAACUGAGUUAAUGGGUUACCAGCCAGAAGAAUUGUUGGGCCGCUCUGUCUACGAAUUUUAUCAUGCCUUAGAUUCGGACCAUCUGACCAAAACCCAUCAUGACUUAUUUACUAAAGGCCAAGCCACCACAGGUCAGUACAGGAUGUUGGGCAAGGAAGGUGGCUAUGUUUGGGUGGAAACUCAGGCCACAGUAAUUUACAACAGCAAAAACUCCCAACCCCAGUGCAUUGUCUGUGUGAAUUAUGUUUUGAGUGGUCUAGUUGAGAAAGAAGUGGUUCUUUCACUGGAUCAGACUGAGUGUGUACCUGUAUCUGUUGAGAAGCCUGAGGAACCUAGUAAGAGCCCUGUUUCAUCCAGCAAUGAAGAGACCAACAAUCUUUUUGACAAACUGAAAGAGGAACCAGAGGCUUUGACUCAGCUUGCACCAGCUGCAGGCGAUACAGUUGUUUCACUGGAUUUCAGCCCCUCAGAAAUGCAGCAAUUUAAUGAAGUACCUCUCUACAAUGAUGUCAUGUUGCCCUCCUCCACCAACCAGAAGACUGUAGACAUGGCAUUGUCACCCCUGCCUCCCUCUGACACAAAAAAGCCACUGUGCAGUAACACAGACCCAGCCUUGAAUUUAGAAUCCAUUAUCAAGCUUGAAACAAACCAAGAGUCGCUGGAAUUUUCAUUUACCAUUCCACAAAUGAAUGAGCAGUCAAGCAGUUCUUCCUGUCCCUGCACCAGUCAGAAUUCACCACAACCAAGCAGCCCUUCAGAUUACUGCUUUAACGUGGAUACAGACAUUUCCAAUGAGUUCAAACUGGAUAUAGUGGAAAAGCUCUUUGCAAUCGACCCAGAGGCCAAACAUCCAUUCUCUGUUCAGGACAUUGAUAACUUGGAUUUGGAGAUGUUGGCUCCUUACAUCCCGAUGGAUGAUGACUUUCAGCUUCGUUCACUGGACCAACUUUCACCACUCGCUGAUUCUCAAACCACCUCUGCUAAUACACCAAGUCUGAACACCAUGGUUGACGUCUUCUCAGAGGCUGGAACAUCUGUUAACAACACUUCAGACAAAUAUGUGCCAGCAUUAAAAAAAACAGUGGAAAAUACAGAGCCUCCGGCUGCAACAAAAUCAUCAUCUUCCCUGCACAUAAAUCAAAUAGAUAGUAAUCCAGGCUCACCGCAAAAUGAGAAAAGCAGCAGAACAGCUUCACCUGUCCGAACCAGAGGAAAAAGAGUGGUGACACAGCAGACUGAAAUUUCACGUCCACAAAGUCCCAUGUCUCCAGCAAAGGCAUUGCUUGCUUACAGUAAAAGAUCUGCAAUAGGAGGAGCUUCAAAUGAAGAGCUGAGCCCUAAGUUGCUGGUCUUGCACAACUCACCGAGGAAGCGCAAACUGGAAAAUGCAGCCUCCCUGUUUCAAGCGGUUGGAAUUGGAUUAUUGUUCCAAAGUGACACUGACCCUCCAGUGAGUACGUCACAAGCUUGGAAACGUGCAAAAGGGUUUGACGCCAACAGCGGUGAACAGAAGACACUCGUGCUGUUACCUACGGAUAUAGUGACAAGGCUUCUCACUCACUCAGCAGAGGGCAGUAGCUUGCCAACACUCACCAAUUACGACUGUGAAGUGAAUGCACCUAUCCAAGGCAACAGAACCUUGCUUCAGGGUGAAGAAGUUCUCAGAGCAUUGGAUCAAGUCAACUAAGUUCACAGUGCUGAACAAAAUAACGGACAAUGGUGAAGCCCCAUCACCCAAAGCAGUCUAUUUAUAUUUUCUAAAUCUGAUUAUUAUAGAAGCCUGGCUACAGGACUGCAGUUUUUCUGUUAGCAGUGCUCCUCCACUGACCCCAUCCAUGACCUGCUCUUUAUUUGCAGUGUUGGUCUAGGUCUGUAACCCACAAUUUAAAAUAUCUUAUUGAUACUUGAUGCUUUUAGGCACAUGGACAAGCCUAGGAUGGUAUUUGGAGGAUCAAUUGCAUGACAGUGACACACCAUAUAUGUAAAUGAGUUUUAGUGGUCUAUUUUAAAGAGCAUUGAUAACAUUUUACAUAAGUGUCUAAUUCUUGAAUUUAUAAUGGUUUUCAAUCUAAGAUGUUGAGCAAAUCUUAAUAAAGGGAAUACAGCACCUUUUCUAGUUAGUCAGGCUGUGACCAUUCUUUAACUAGAUGGGCAAGAUUGUCUAUGAUGUCUAUACGAUUCACUUAUUUCAGGAUUCUUGCCUGACGAGCAUUGUUGCUUUGCCAGCUGUUAAUUGUAGCCACAAUUGCACAAAAUAUAUUUUCUUAAGAAGUACCAGCAGUCCUUUAUGCAAUAUGUUUUGCAGUUAUAAAUCUAGUUUUUAAGAGGAUAAAAGCUACAACUGAUUUUUUUAGUUAUUUAGUAAAAAUCAUGUUAAGCAUGGAAUGCAUACACAAAUAAUCACUUUAAUUUCUGUCUUUUAAAUCUAGAACAGCUUGUGUUGGUCAGCUAUGAGGAACUGACUUCCUCUCAUGUAGCUGAUUGUUGGAAACAGUGAAUGUUGGCAGCUUGAAUAUGGACAAUAUCUUUAUUGUGCAGUUUAACAUUUUAUUGAUAAUUAGUCACUUGUUUGCCAGCGCAGGUAAAUCCUACUGUAGUUGUGCAAGUUCAUACUAUAAUAUCAUAGCAAUACUUUAAGUCUAAAGGUUGCUGCUUAUUCUGCAUUGUGUAGCUAGUAAUAUCCGGUGUAAAUGUAACUGAAACAGCAUUGUAUUAGAAAAGUUCCUAGUUUGUUUGGUUACCCAGUCUCUGUCUUGAAACUGAAGCCCUUCGACACUUCUAAAUCCCAAUUAAGAUAUCAAGUAGAUAUGUUAUUUUUCUUUCCUGUUCUCCCCCACUUACCAUUCCCAGCCCCAAACCAGUUCUUGAAUGAAACAGUCUAAUGGUCUCUCACUUUUUAAAAUUUUAUUUGCUCGUGCAAUUGUACCGUAUGCUCAGUCAUCUUUUACUGUUUUGUGAUUGGAUCUAACACUAACUGUAUUGUUUUAUUACAUCAAUAAACAUUAUAUGUGGACCAGG